CUCAGCCCCAACCUAGAGAUGGGGGGGUGCUCGUCGACGUCCGCGGUCGCUGCUGCUACGACCUCUCGCCAAUCUCGUCGAGAUGCAGCGAGGAGGAGCGCCUAGCUAGCGCGGAAGCCCGAAUGGUGUCCGACAACACGAGAUAUGGGCAUCGCCAUGUCGCGGUCGUCGGGAGAGGUCGCCAUCACCGGAACCAUCUCCUUCUGUGCUAUGCUAUCUCACUCGCUCUCUACAAGUCAACAAAGGGGAUGGGGCGACACGAGGGGGCACCGAUGUUUGUAGACAGUGGACGCGAGUGUGUUCGCGCCGGGUACGUUCCUAGUGAACGGGUCGGUUUUUCUGCUGAGAGUGCAUCAAGAUUUGUGUUUUUGAUCCAACGGCCAUCAGGUAGUUCGCUUGGAAUGUCUAAAAAUCUGACAUUUCCAUAGCAUUUUCCUUUAUUAUUAGGAAUUUUACCGCAACAAGAAGGUUUCAAAGAAAUUAAGCAGACCAUUUCGAAUUUCUUUUUUUGAGAGUAGACCAUUUCAAAUUUCAUGUUUCCGAAAGAGUUCACCCAUGGUGACUGUCUGACUGACGUGGUAAGUUCAAAAAGAAAAGGUUUUUUUUUAGAAAUUCAAAAAGAAAAGGUGAGCGGUGUGGUAAGCGCGACUCUGCCAAAGUCUGGCCCAAACCAAACGUACCUGCCUCCGUCCUUUCACAAUAAGCCAAGCCGAAGACGCCUGGCCUCUCACUAGGCACAAACCAUGGCGAUGGCCGGACCGUCCACCGCUCUCCCUCCGCCGCCGCCGGAGAAGGCGGUCGAUGCCCUCCCCGUGGACAGCCUCCGCAACAUUCUCCGUCGCCUCUCCCUCGCCGACCUUCUCCGAGCCGCCCUCGCCUGCCACCGCUGGCGCCGCGUCGCCGCACGCUGCCUCCCCCGCACCGCCCCUCUCCUCGGCCACUUCUUCCACCCCACCGCCACCGGUUUGCCGCCGCCUCUCCACACGGCAUCCAAGGACACCGUCAUCGACGCCCCCGCCAUCUUCGCUCCCCUCGACGCCUCCGCACCGAACCUCUCCCUCGACUUCGCUCCGGAGGCCUCCCGCUACGUGCUCCACGACUGCCACCAAGGCCUCCUGCUUCUCGAACCGCUCGCGUCGCUUCCCAAGGGGAUCCUCCCACGCCUCCUCGUCAUCGACCCGGCCACCCGCCGCCGCGUGCUCCUCCCGCCGCCACCGCGCGACACGGUGCCCGACGACCACCGCUGGCGCAGCUGCAGGCACUACGUCGGCUCCGCACUUCUCUCCCGCGCGCACCAGAGCAAGCUCUGCUUCGAGGUCGUCUCCAUCUCCAUCGACGGCGGGCACCCCCGCGCCUGGGUCGCGUCCGUCGACGACGGCCAGUGCCGCUGGCGCGCGCUCCCGCGGACCACGGACGUGGAGGUCAGUUUCGACCCCUGGUGGUUCGAGUCGCGCUGCGUGCACGCCGCCGGGAAGCUCUACUGGCACAUCUGCAACUCCGGCCGCGUGCUCUCGCUGGACCCUUCCACACUGCACUUCUCUUACCUGCUGGCGCCGAAGGAGAUGCCCAGGUUCGGCAAGUUCCGCAUCGGGGAGACGCCGGACGACGGGCGGCUGUGCAUCGCGACCGUGGAGGACCAGCUGCUGCGGGUCUGGGUGCGUGGGGAGACCAGGUGGAGCGACGAUGGGUGGUAUCUGGAGAGGGAGAUGAAUCUUACCAAGGUGUACGACUCGGUGCCGGGCCUGCCCAAGGACAAGUGCCUCAGGAUCUUCAGUGUUUGGCUCAGCGACAUGGACGGACUGAGAUCCAGUGCCUUUAUCAAGUGAAGUCUCGCUGCAACUUUACCCUACUAAUCUCCAUCCAAUCCAC